CUCAGCAAUGCCAUCUCUGGACUCAGAAACUGAAGUAGGAGAUAGUUUUCUGAAGCUGACAGAUGUCCUCCAGUCAKGAUGAGGAAGGACGUUCUUCGUUUUCAGACUCUCCUCUUCAUACUUAUUUCUGCAGCCAGCUUCUACACUACAGUGUGGUGUCAGUCUGACAGCAGCAGCAGCGUGGUGGUGGCAGGUUAUAAUGUCAGCUCCCCAGCAGGGUCCAAGGUGGUGCUGCAGUGUGUGAGCGUCCGCAUGGUGUGGACCAGGGACAGGCUGAGGGACAGGCAGAGGGUGGUCCACUGGGACAUGUACAGGGAUUAUCCGGAUUACGCCAUGGAGAGGGUGGUGGACAUGUUCUCAGCAGGAGACCAGAGGCUCUACAGCUCRCAUAACCUGAACAGGGUUGGCCUCAACCCCACAUCCUUCAAGGAUGGAAACUUCUCUCUGGUCAUUAAAGAUGUGACAAUGAAGGACAGAGGUCUGUACUCCUGUAACCUCCACCAUCUUUACUGCCACCUGUACGAGACGGUCAGAGUUCAACUCAAUGUGACCAAAUCACGGCGCAAAGAACAGCGUUUCUGGGACGGACAAAAGGCGGUGUUUGUGGUUCUGCUGGGGAGCACCGUGGUGUUGCCCUGCGUCAACAGACGAACCGUGUGGACUGACUGGAGCAACGAGGAGGAGGACCAGCAGGUCGUCCACUGGGACCAUCAGCCACCCGGGUUUCACCAUGACCGCGCUGAUCGUCUGGUGGAUCUGUACGCCUCUGGGGAGCAGCGCAGCUACGGGCCUCUGUUCCUCCAGAGGAAGAUGAACAUCAGCAAUCAGGCCUUCUCAGAGGGGGACUUCUCACUAACAAUAUCAAAUCUGCAGCCUGCAGACCAGGGCACAUACUCCUGUCACCUUCACCAUCAUUACUGUGGUCUGCAUGAGAGGAGAGAGUUUCGCCUCACAGUCGAGCCGCCGCUCAUUCGGAGCACCGAGCCCGUCAAACUUCAGCCUGACAAAGAAAAAGACACCCCCAAAGCGGAGUCGCCUCGCGUCAUCACUGUCAUCCUCCCAGACCAAAGGAACCACUUUCUCCUGCCGCUGGGCUUCGUCCUCACCUUCCUCCUGCUCCUGGCGUUCAUCAUCCUCAUCAUCAUCCUCCUCACACGUCGACGUCGAGCCAAAGAUUUUURUCCCAAGGCAUCUAUGAGGUCCAACAGAAGUGACAGCAGCUUGGAGGAGUGUGAGGUUGAUGUCAGCGAGGUGAAUGUCUGCAGUCRGGAGGAGAGAAGAAUCGACUACAAGAACAACCUGCUGAAAGACAACGCCCACGUGAACACUCAACCAAAACUUAUUGAUCUUGACAAAGAGAUGCAGAAGUUUUCCAAGUGAGGAAAAAAAAAACACAAAACCGGUGACAGAAAUGAAAUCAAAGUCACUGGCUGGUCCAGAGACUGCGCUCCAAACUUAACUGGUCCACACCACCUUCUGUCCUGCACUGCAGAGGGGGGAACGAAUGCUUUUGGAAAUCCCUGACCGAGGGGCUCAACAUAAAAAUCACCGUUUGACAAAAAAAGUCAUUAAUAAUAAAUAACCCAGACACUGACAGGUGUGCUGAGUGUGACUCAAGCCUUGAAUGUUGCGUGAAGGACGAAUCUGCACAUAAAUCCACUUUAUUGUGAUGUGAGGAGUUUUUUUAUUUUAUUUUUUUCUGUUUUUACAGCUUGAAUCAUUUCUCAUUAUGCUUGUUUGCGUUUGUUAAAUUUGAACUUUACCCCAAGCUUUUGUUUUCAUUGGACUGAAGCUGCUUUAUAUGCAAAGUAUUUUUUAACGUCUUCAUAUUUACUGCUGAUAUUUACAAAMGUGUUUUCACCCUUUUUAAAAUGCAACAAUACAGACAGUUAGUGUUGUGGGCCAAAAAAUGUUUUAAGUUUUUUUUUUUUUUUUUGAUGUUGAAUGUUUCUUUUCAUGAAGAUUAAAGUGAGGUUUUAACAGUGAAACUAAGGGACUGAAUGACUCAAGGGCGCCCUCUAGUGACAAAAACAGCAUCAGCUGUUAGAUCAGUAUUCAUUCUGUGACUAUAUGCAUGAAGCACACUACAUUUUUACUGAAAAUGUCCGUCUUUUGUGGCUUUUGCUUUGUUUAGUUUCAUGUCAUACAAAGCUAAUCCCCAUGUUUCUGCUGCACUUUACAGUUAUUACAAUAAAGUCAUGAUAACAUUGAGAAAA